UUACUGCGGCUAGAGUUGUCAACAAAAGCCAACAGCGGCCUGAUGGGGGACACAGAAAGCAACAAAACAUCUGAUGAAAUCAUAAACGAGCUUUUCAGUUCUCUGAAUGUCCCGUUAUCACCAAAACCACAAGAAACCAAGGAAGACCAUGACAAAGAAGGUAAAUUGACCAUAGAUAUAGCAGACUCGGACAACAGUGAGGAUGAUGAAAGUGACUCUAAGUCCAGUGGAAGCGACGAGGAGGUAAAAAGCACAUCGAGGACCGUUCAAGGUGAAGCUCAAGAUGAGGUACACGGUGAAAAGAUUGGAAAAAGAAAAUCACAAAGAAAGAAAAAAGACAAGAAGAAAAAGAAGAGAAGGCGCAGAAAGAAAGGGGAUGGAGGACGGCAUAAACAUAAGAAGAGGAAGAAAAAGGAAAAUAUUGAGCUUCCUGAUGACCAAUAUGUCUCUGACGACCUUGUUGAAGAGUCUCUCGAUGAUCAACACAUCUCUGGUGGCCUUGUGCAAGAGCCUCUUGAGGAUCAACAUAUCUCUGGUGACCUUCUUGAAGAGCCUGUUGAGGAUCAACACAUCUCUGGUGAACUUAAAGAGCCUGUUGAUCAACACAUCUCUAGUGACCUUGUGCAAGAGCCUCUUGAUGAUCAACACGUCUCUGAUGACCUUGUUCGAGAGCCCCCUGAUGACCAUAAGCAAGAAGCUCCUGACGCUCAACACGUCUCUGACAAACUUGUGCAAGAACCUCGUGACACUCAACACAUCUCUGGAGACCUUGUGCGUGUACUUCCUGACAGUCUCGUGCAAGACCCUCCGGAGCACCAGCAUCUCUCUGCCAACACUGUACAAAAAUCUCCUGAGUACCAGCGUCUCUCUGCCGAUCUUAUGCAUAAGCCCCCAGAGGACGAGGACCUCUCCUCCUGCCUUGUGUUUGGUACUGAAUUAAAAAAUCAAAUUUUGAUAAAAAAAUUGAUUGUACAGGAAGAAAUGAAGAAGGCACUGUCUCCAGAUGUGAAAGAAAGGCAAAAAAAUAUAUCCAAAUCAGAAAAGCUGAAGUUAAAUUUUUCCUUAAAAAGCGUAGAAAUUGAUACCAAAAAUAAAAUUCUGUCGAGAUGUGAUGUAGACAAGAAGGAUGAAUCACAGGCAAAGCAUGGCAAGAAUGAUCAAAUUAGACCCUCCAAGUCCCGGUCACCUGCACUGCCCGUAUCCCAGACGGUGAAUAAUAUCCACUCGAGGCCAGAGCCUCUCGGGGAAGCUAGGCAGAGGUCACCCAAGUCGAGAUCCAGGUCACAGUCGAGACGUACUGAAAAUUCAAGAUCACGUUCCAAGUCAAAAUUUUGGCAUCACAAAUCAAGAACAAAGUCGCCCAAAGCAUCAGAAAGCCAUAAGAGAUCGUCUAGAUCACAUUCAAGAUCGUUAACACCAAAGCACGUUAAAAAAAGGCGAUCUUCUAAAUCACACUCAAGGUCAUCCUCAAGAAGAAGGUCAAGAUCGAAAAGAAACUCGAGGUCGGCAUCGAAAAGAAACUCGCGAUCAAGAUCCAAAAGAAACUCGAGAUCAAGAUCCAAAAGAAGUUCUAGGUCGAGAUCCAAAAGGAACUCAAGGUCGAGAUCCAAAAGGAACUCAAGGUGUACAUCCAAAAGGAACUCAAGGUCUAGUUCCAAAAGAAAUUCACGAUCAAGCUCCAAAAGAAACUCGAGGUCAAGAUCGAAAAGAAAUUCAAGAUCAAGAUCCAAAAGAAACUCACGAUCUGGUUCAAAUAAAACCUCACGAUUAAGCUCCAAAAGAAACUCAAGGUCAAGAUCCAAAAUAAACUCAAGGUCUAUAUCCAAAAGAAACUCUAGAUCAAGAUCACAAUCAAAAGUAAAAUCACAAUCAGACUCCAAAAGAAAUUCAAGGUCAAGGUCCACAGGAAACUCGAGAUCAAGAUCCAAAAGAAAAUCCAGGUCCAAAUCUCCCAAAAAAUCAAGAUCUAGAUCCCGGAGAAGGUCAAGGUCACAAAGAAGAUCAGUAUCAAAAUCAAAGAGGUCAAAUUCAAAAUCUCCUAAAAUAUCUUCUUUUUCAAAUGAAACGUGUAAUUUAUUAGAUAAAAUAGCUAAAAAUUCCACUAUAGCUGGAGAGCUUAAAGGCGUCGAUGCUAAAAAUCUGGAUCUAAACUGCAUCCCACCGCCGGAUCCCGGACUCAAGGCACGGAACAGUUCUCGGGGUGUGAUUGCACUGGAGAGCAUACCACUCCCGAUCCCAACCCUAACUAUCCCAGAUCCCAGCUCCAUUCCUCUACCUCAGCCAUUGUCCGAGCUUGAUGGGUCGCUGAAGGAACUGAAGUCCGUAGAUGGUGUUGACUUGGACCUGAAAGCAAUCCCCGUUCCGGUUGUGUCUGGGGACGUGCUUAGCAAAGAGCAAGACAGCUGUAAGACUAAAGAUUGUAACAAGGCCAAGCAGGAAGAAGGAUCGGAAAAAGGAAAAGCCAAAACAAUCAUUAUCAAGAGUCUAAAGGACAGCCUGGUGUUCCUCCAGGCUCAGGAAGAGGCGGAGAGACGAGCUAAAGAAAUAGCCAACCAUCACGAGAAUAGUCCCAAAGACACAGACGAGAAGAGCACCGAAGAUUUGGAAGAAAAGAAAGAUGAUGAUAAAAGAGAGACGAGCCAAGAGAAGAAUGUGGAGGAAGGCGCAAAAAAGGACGUCUCAAAUAUUGUGAAUGACCUAAAAGUGGAAAUAACAGAAGUGAUUAAAGACAAAAAGGAGAUAAUUAAAACGAAGCAGGAAGCAGUUGGCAACAAAGCAGAGGAACUGGAAGAUAAAGAAGAGACAAAGAAAAGCAAAGUACCAGUCACUGAAGAAGUGAAGAAAAACGGAGAACAGAAAGAUGAUGAUAUAGCAAAUGGCAUGGAAGAAGGAGAGAUAGCUAGUGAAGAUGAAGAGCCAGAGGACAAACCAGCUCUGAAAUCUCACAGCAAGAAGAAGUCUAAGAAAAACAAAAAUAAGAGUAAAGAGAAGCGGAAAUCUCGAAAAGAUAAGGAAAAGAGCAAAGAUGACAAGAAGAGAGGCCGUGAAAGAAGCAGAAGCCACGAGCGAGACAAAACGAGAUCGCGGUCAAGAGAGAAGCACAAAUCUAGACGACGUUCAAGUAGUUCCCGCAAUAAGGAUCGGGAUUAUGAUCGACGUCACAGGCGACACUCCCGUUCUCGCUCUAGGGAUCGCUCUUCUCGCUUGCAUCGUAAAAGUUACUCCAGGUCACGAUCAAGGUCCAAAUCUCGCUCCAGACGAACGCGGGACCCGACAGCAGACCUCAGGGACAAGGUGACGAGAAAACGUCUGCUGGAGAUUGCUCGUCGUAAUGCAGUUUAUUUGAUGCAGAACGGCUGUCUGCCCCCGAGCGUUGAGCAGGAACAGCUAGUCAAAAUUAAGGCUGGUGGCAAGAGUGUUGACGAGCUCACAGAUUUCUGCAAACAACUGGUGGCCAGCGGCAACUACAGUGACGUUGAUCUGAGUGAUCCGUCAUUAAGUUCAGGUGAUGACAAUGAGAAUAUAGAUAAGCCUUUUAGCACCGCACGUCACCCCUUCAGCAUACGAGACGCUAAACCCAUCCUCAUGAAUAUUCGGAAUGCCCCCAUGCUACCAACAAAAACAAAUGCAGAGAGACUAGCUGGCCAAGCUAAGCUUCGGGAGCAGUUUCCAGUGUCCAGUGGCUCGCAGCAUCGGACGAAAGGGGAGCUGACUAACAACGAUGGAAAGCAUCAACCAGAGAGCGAUUGGGUUCCUGUCCCUCCCAAGGAGAAGAAAGAGGAGGACAAAGUGUUUCCUCAAUCGGAACCUCAGCAGGCCGUGGACAUCUCGCAGAUCGUGUCAACGCGGCUGAGCGCCAUGCGGAAGCUUCAGGACAACCCUCACGAUAGUGAAGCUAUUAAGACACUUCAUAAUGUGCAGAAAGAGAUGCAAAACUGGGCUUUGAGUAAGCAGGAACCAGCACCAGGUCAGUUCACAGGGACAACGGGGGUGAAGGUUUUAUCUCAGGAAGAGCUGUCAGCGGGUCAUCAAGCUUGGGCCAGGAAGGUCCCAACUUGUCACCGAGGUGAAGCUGCUGGGAAAAUCAGCUCCGGGGCCGUGAUGUCCUGCCGCACUGCAAGAGGAUACCCGAGUCUACAGACACUGCUAGGAACCAGGAUAUUGAUGGACUCUGUCGUGACAUGAAGCAUUUUUACUUUUUAUUUAUUUUUAGUUUAAUUUCAUUUUUUAUAGAUAUUGUUCCCACUUGUAUGACAGUCUGUUGUCAGAAAGAAAAUAUAUAAUUUUAUUGGUUUUCCAAUGAAAAAAGUUUUUAUUUGCUAGAAUGUCUCCUGAGUUGAUCCAAUAUUCUGGUUCCUAGUAGUGUCGGCACUCAAAUAAUUUGAACCAAUCUAUGGUUAUUUCAACAGUGUUCACGCAGGAUAAGGGCCAGUGGAACCAUUGGUACACUGACCCCUAGUCUGUCGUGAAUGGGGUCUGUAACAAGCUCUCAUCUUACUAUUGAUUGGGAUUUUCUGAUAAUAUCAAAUAUUUGUAAAGUUCAUGUUGAGUAGUCACAAAUGUGAGAGAAUAUGAGAGUUCGUAAGAGUGCAUCUUGGCAGGAUGAAUCAUAAGAGGGAAAAUCCCGCUGGCUUCCCAUCUUGGGCCCAGUGAAGAGAGAGCUUGUUACAGAUCCUCCCAAGCCUCCGCUCCAUCUCGUUAGUGCAUCCGGGUUCUGGCAACAGACAGCUGUGGGGCCUAAGGUGUUGUCUGGCGGCGGCUGGUGACGGGUGAGUGAGUCGGCAUUUUGGUGAGUCACCAGGUAUAAGUAGCGUUAAUUGUAGCAAACACGCAAUGUAACCACGAUGCUAUUUUGAUCAUUUUUACAUUGUUACGGUGUUGUGACGAUGUAAUAACGCUGAACAACGUUGUCGUUAUGUUGCAUGUUUCUCAUGUAGGCAAGAAUUUGCUGCUUUGGAGAUUAGCAAUUAAAUUUCUUUGUAGGUUAUUCAUAACUUAGACUAUUUUUCUUUAUUAUUUAUGGAAAAAAUUUAACAAAUGAGACUUAAAUAACAUAAGAAUUUGUUUCUUAAAUGGCAAGCAUAUAUUUUCCUAUAAAAAAAGUUUUCGAAAGCCAAGCUAAUUGUUCAUCCUCGAGGGAAAGGAUAUUGAAUUUUUCUUUCUUUAAUUAUAUUUCUUAACAACGUGAUCGUUCUCAUCAUUGUUUGUGCAUUCUUAGUCAUUGUUCUUGGACGAGAUUCUUAAGCUCUCUAGAUUUUUCUCUAAUGUGUCAUUUAUGUGGUAGUUAUAAAUUGUUAAAUUCUAAAAUAUGAUUUUUAAAAAUUAUUUACUGAAAUGUGAGACAUUAAGUUAAUGUAGUAGAUUUUUAAAAGCUUUUAUCAGUGCUGCUGAAUUGUAAAUGUUAGUCAAAAGGUUUGAUACCUUGUUAGGAUAGAGAAUUGUCUAAAACCAAAACUCUUAAAGAACUGCCAAGCUGUCAGUGCCGUGGUAUCUCAGCAUCAUCGCUCGUAACAAUACUGGUCAUAUUACAUCUGUGAGCCUGAGUAUACCCAGUGCUGUGGUAUCUCAGCAUCAUCGCUCGUAACAAUACUGGUCAUAUUACAUCUGUGAGCCUGAGUAUACCCAGUGCUGUGGUAUCUCAUCAUGAUCGCUCAUCACCAUGAUGAUGAUGAUGAGCUCCUGUGGGACCCAAGUACUGUGUAGUGCUUGAAUCUCAGCAUUGACAUUGGCAUGAUGAUGAUGAUCAUCAUAUUGAACCUGCAGAACCUGAGUAUAUAUGUGCAGUGUGUUGGAAUGUGAGCAGUGUUGCUCCGGUAACGGUGCUGAUCCUAGUAAACUUGUGCAGCUUGAAUAUACUUAGUAUUGUCACUUGUGAUGAUGUUGACCACAUUAAAUCUGUGAAACCUGUGUAUACAGUAUUCUUGCUAAGGCUUCAUGGCAUUUGCCAGACAGUAAAGCAACUUCUCUAAGAGUUGUGGCUCUGUAUACUUCACGCACUAAUCUUCGUCAUCCUUGUAUUCCCUGGUGACCCCUCUAGGAACAACUAAAAGAAGCUGCACCUAUUAAGCCACAGU